UUGUUAUUAACAAACAAUCCAAAAUGGCUACUCUAACAUCACAAACUACGAAUGCUGGUAAUAAUGCUCCUGGAAUGAAUAAUUUUUCCAAAAUUCUAGACAAGAAAGUAGACUUGAUUACCAACUCCAAUAUCCGCUAUGAAGGAGUUUUGAUUAAAAUAAAAACAGAAGACCAAAGGCUUCUACUAAAAGAUGUAAAAUCAUUUGGAACUGAGGGUAGAAAUAACGGGGUUAAUGAGGUCCCAAGUUCCUCUCCAGAUGACCCGAAUAGCAUAUAUUCCUUCGUUGAAUUCCAAAUUCCUAUGAUCAAGGAACUAUAUCUUGCUAAAGUGCAAGGUCCCGUUCCUCAAGAUCCAGCAAUUGUCGCUGUUGAAAAGGAGGAAAAAGAGCCAAAAGAAGAUGAACCUGCUCAAAAAGAAGAGAAGAAGCUUGAAAGAUUCAAACCUGACAUUCCUGCUAAUACCAAGAAGGGUACCACUAAUUUCUUUGAUGAUGAAUAUAAAGAACUAGAAGAAGAUGGUUUCAAAACACGUGGCUAUAGAGGCCAAAGGAGAGGAAGAGGCAGAGCAAGAAGAGGUUAUAGAGGUGGACACCAAAUGAGUAGAGGAAGAGGUGACAGAACAAGAUAUAAUCCUCAUGGUAAGUUUGAAAAGAACCCUGAUCACGAAUUGCAAGAGAAAUUCAAGGAUGACUUUUUCAAAUAAAUCAGUUGCAAUCAGUCAAGAUUCCACAGAUACCCCUCCAAAGGAAGACAAAUUAGAAGUGAAUAAAGACGAUGCAGUUAAGGAGAGCAAAGAAGAUACAGAAGACCCUCAAGAUAGUAAAAAGAGCGAAGAGCAGCCUGUAGUCAGUACUACAGCGGGUGAUGGAUUCUUUGAUGACUUUGUCAGCAAUAAUAAUGAAGAGGAAGGAGCAAGAGGCAGAGGAGAAAGAGGGCACAGAGCACGCGGAAGAGGUGGAAGAAGACCAAGAGGCAGAGGAUAUAGAUCAUAUACAAGAGGAGGGUACAGAGGAGAUUACCAUAGAGGGUAUAAUCAGCAAGAAGGUUAUUAUUCAAAGCAAGGAUAUAAAAAGCAGGAAAAGGAAUUUGAUGAAGACCUCUCAUUUAAUAUGUACGGUAGUCAUACAAAAGGUUUAAAAACUGAAGACACAAGUUAUCCUGAAUAUAAACCUCCUCAAGCAAAUUAUAGAGGAGCAAGAAGGGGAGCAGCCAAUCAGAGCAUCAAAUCUAGGACUGAUAGAGGACGUUUCCAUUACUUCUCAACUCAGCAAGAUGAAAGCUAAACUUACAUUCCUACUCAAUAUUACCC